CAUCGCCUCUAUAAAUAGAGGAAGCCAAGGCAGCUUCCAGUAUUCGUCCCAUCGGUACUCAUCGCAGAACACCAAGACCGAAGACCAAGCAAGAAGACAGCUUUCGGUAAUCACUGGAACAUUCACCAUGACGAUUGUGGAGAUGUGCGUGCAUAUGGAUUGCGCAGGUUGUGAAAGCAAGAUAAGGAAAGCCCUGCAGAAGUUAGAAGGAGUUGACAAUGUGGAGAUCGAUAUGGGAAGUCAGAAGGUGACGGUGACGGGAUAUGUUGACCAGAAGAAGGUGCUCAAGGCGGUGAGGAGGACGGGGAGGAGGGCGGUGCUGUGGCCUUACCAGUACAGCGCCGAGCAACACCACACCUUCAACCACCAGUACCACCAGCACCACCCGGCACUGGCUCAGGCCGGCGUCAGUGGCCCGUCUUCUUCCUAUAACUACUACAAGCAUGGCUACGACGACUCUCGCAUACAUGGAUACUACCAGCAGCCUGCCAUGACUGGGAACAGGACUGGAGAUAUCUUCAGUGAUGAGAAUCCAAAUGCUUGUUCUGUCAUGUGAUCUUCAUCUUGUUUUUCUUGUUCCACGUUGUGCUUCAUAAGAUUACACUUACGAAAACUCGCCAUAGUUGAAUCUCACAAUGGAUCAAGGAUAUUUUUUUUU